AUGGAGAGUAGCGAGGAAGAAGAUGACUUUCCUUCCAUUGAGAGUAUCAUCCCCCAAUCCAAGGUUGACUCUCUCUAUCAGUCCCACACCGAAAAGGGGAUUAGGAAGCUUUGCUGCGAGCUUCUAGAUUUGAAGGAUGCUGUGGAGAACUUGUGCGGCAAUAUGCACUCCAAGUUCUUGGCUUUCUUGAGGAUAUCUGAAGAGGCCGUGGAAGUAAAGCAUGAAUUGAUCGAACUUCAAAAACAUAUCUCUGCACAAGGUAUUCUUGUUCAGGAUUUAAUGACCGGUGUCUGCUGUGAAUUAGAAGAGUGGAAUCAGUCAAGCAAUGAUGUUACUGAAAUUCAGCAUGGGCCUGAACUGCCUGAAAAUCUUGAACCAUUACCAAAUGAUACAAAUGACCAGAAAAUGUUAUUCUUGGAAAACAUUGAUGUACUUGUGGCUGAGCACAAGUUUGAAGAAGCAUUGGAAGCAUUAGAUGCUGAGGAAAAAAAUUAUGCUGAGUUGAAAGGCUCAGGGAAUAACCCUUCAGAUGAUGUUUCCUCAUACAAGUCUGCUUUGUUGGAACGAAAGGCAAUGCUUGAACAUCAGUUAGUUGGAAUUGCUGAACAACCUUCUAUUAGUUUCCCUGAGCUGAAGACAGCCUUAAAUGGUUUGAUAAAACUUGGAAAAGGUUCUCAAGCACAUCACUUAAUGCUGAAAUUUUAUAAGUCUCACCUCCAGAAGAGAAUUGAGGCUUUGCUUCCCUCAAGUUCUCUCUGUCCUGAAACAUUUCCUUCUACAUUAUGUAAGAUUGUGUUUUCUGUAAUAUCACUGACAAUAAAGGAAUCUGCUUUGAUUUUUGGAGAUAAUCCUGUUUACACCAACAGAGUUGUUCAGUGGGCAGAGUGGGAAAUUGAAUAUUUUGUACGAGUGGUGAAAGAGAAUGCUCCCAUAUCUGAGACUGUUUCUGCCUUACGUGCUGCUUGCAUCUGCAUUCAGGCUAGUCUGAACUACUGCUCAAUCUUGGAGUCACAAGGAUUGAAAAUGUCUAAAUUACUGCUGGUACUUCUGCGUCCUUCUGUUGAAGAAGUUUUAGAAUCAAAUUUUAGACGUGCAAGAAGAGUAGUUCUUGACAUGGAAGAAUCUGCUGAAUGUUGCCCAUUGUCACCUAAGUUUGCAUCUUCACUCUCUGCAAUUGCAACUUCACUCUCUGCAAUUGCAACUUCAUCUAGUAGCAUUCUUGUUGAGAGUGGAAUGCGAUUUAUGCGCAUAGUUGAAGAGAUAUUGGAACAGUUAACGCCAUUGGCUUGUUUGCAUUUCGGAGGAAAUGUACUGAAUAGAAUCUUUCAACUAUUUGAUAAAUACAUGGAUGCUCUCAUCAGAGCACUACCAGGUCCUUCUGAUGAUGACAAUCUUCCAGAAUUGAAAGAGGCCGUGCUUUUCAGAGCCGAGACUGACUCUGAACAACUUGCAAUAUUGGGAAUAGCAUUUACGAUAUUGGAUGAACUGUUACCAAAUGCUGUGUUAUCAAGGUGGAUGCUGCAAAGUGAAGGCAAGGAACCAAAUAGUGGAUCAUCAGAGAAUAUAACCUUCAAUACAAAUGCUAGUGCAGAAUUAAAGGAGUGGAGGAAACAUCUUCAACAUUCUUUUGACAACAAACUUCGGGAUCACUUCUGUCGGCAAUAUAUUUUGACUUUCAUCUACUCAAGAGAGGGAAAAACACGGUUGAAUGCACAUAUUUACUUGGGUGAUAACAGAGAGGAUCUUUACUGGGAUUCUGAUCCACUGCCUUCGCUUCCAUUUCAGGCAUUGUUUGCAAGGCUGCAGCAAUUAGCAAUUGUGGCCGGAGAUGUAUUAAUUGGGAAAGACAAAAUACAUAAAAUUUUACUUGCUAGGUUAACAGAGACUGUUGUGAUGUGGUUGUCCGAUGAUCAGGAGUUCUGGGGUGUGUUAGAGGAUAGCUCAGCUCCUCUACAGCCACUUGGUUUGCAGCAGUUAAUUCUUGAUAUGCACUUUACUGUUGAAAUUGCACGCUAUGCGGGGUAUCCAUCUCGCCACAUUCACCAGAUAGCAUCAGCUAUCACUGCUCGUGCCAUCCGGACCUUCUCUGCUAGGGGCAUAGACCCUCAAAGUGCACUUCCCGAGGAUGAAUGGUUUGUGGAAACUGCAAAGUCAGCAAUACACAAGUUUCUGCUUGGGGCAUCAGGGUCCGAGGCAUCAGACACUGAUGAAGAUCAUAUCAUUGUUCCUGAUGAAGAUGUCUCAGACUCUGAUACUGUUUCAUCCCUAUCUUCGAUGGACUCAACCGAGUCUUUUGCUUCUGCUAGCAUGGCCGAACUUGACAGCCCCUCUAAUUUGUUUGAUUCAGAUAAUUGA